UGCACACGGCCCGGGAAGGGGCUCUGGGCGGGGGCUGGUCCAGGGCCAGCUGCAGCCGCCAUGAGCCUCGGGCUGCCUGGCCAGCAGCGUCCAGCCAGCUGUGGGAGGUCAGCCUGGCAAAGAGGAGACGAGUGGGGACAGCUCACAGACCAUCCACUGGAGAGCUGUCCCUGGAGGGUGUCCACGCUUGCCCAAGUGCCAGCCCCAUUCACCUGGGCAUUGGGCAUUGACUGAGUCCAGUGGCACCCAGCACCCUUUGUGGCAACAGGACGCACUUGGGGGCUGCGGGCUGAGCAGGUCGGCCAGAUGGGGAAAUGAGGCACAGAGAAGUUAAGUAACUUGCCCGAGGUCACACAGCUAACAGCACCAAUAGACUUUGAGCGAAGAGAAGCUGUUCCCUGUCCCCUUUUCUCUUUGCCUUUUUUGAGGAGAGGAGAGGGUGUGUCAGGCUCCUAUCCUGGAAAGACUUAGUGGGAAUCUUGAUGUGCUCCUGGAGCAGAGGCUGAGUCGGACCGCUGUGGCCUCGGGCACCAGGGGCAAUGGCGCUGCAGCUCUGGACCCUGAUCCUCUUGGGCCUGGUGGGCACCAGUUCGAGCCUGCGGUCCCGCAAGCUGGACUUCUUCCGCAGCGAGACGGAGCUGAACCACCUGGUCGUGGAUGAGGCGUCAGGCGUGGUGUACGUGGGGGCGGUGAACACGCUCUACCAGCUGAGUGCAGAUCUGCAGCUGGAGCAGCAGGCCGCCACGGGCCCAGCCCUGGACAACAAGAAGUGUACGCCGCCCAUCGAGGCGAGCCAGUGCCACGAGGCCGUGCUGACCGACAACGUCAACCAGCUGCUGCUCCUCGACCCGCCCGGGCACCGCCUCGUUGAGUGCGGCAGCCUCUUCAAGGGCAUUUGUGCCCUGCGUGCCCUGAGCAACAUCUCCACGCGCCUCUUCUACGAGGACGGCAGCGGCGAGAAGUCCUUCGUGGCCAGCAAUGACGAGAGCGUGGCCACCGUGGGGCUGGUAAGCACCACGGGCCCUGGUGGCGAGCGCGUGCUCUUCGUGGGCAAAGGCAACGGGCCCCACGACAACGGCAUCAUCGUGAGCACCCGUCUGCUGGACCGGGCCGAGGGCAGGGAGGCCUUCGAGGCCUACACGGACCACGCCGCCUACAAGGCCGGCUACCUGUCCACCAACACGCAGCAGUUCGUGGCUGCCUUCGAGGACGGCGCCUACGUCUUCUUCGUCUUCAACCAGCAGGACAAGCACCCGGCCCAGAACCGCACGCUGCUGGCGCGCAUGUGCAAGCACGACCCCUUCUACUACUCCUACCUGGAGGUGGACCUGCGCUGCCACGACCCCAGUGACACCCAGGCUCCCCCCUUCGGCACCUGCCUGGCGGCCUCCGUGGCCGGGCCGGGCGACCACAGGGUGCUGUACGCCGUCUUCGGCAGGGAUGGCAGGGGCGGCGGGGGGCCCCACGCGGGCCUCUGCCUGUUCCCGCUGGCCGAGGUCCACGCCAAGAUGAAGGCCAACCGCAACGCCUGCUACACGGGCGCCCGGGAGGCGGGCCGCGACACCUUCUACAAGCCCUUCCAUGGCGACAUCCAGUGUGGCGGCCACGGGCCGGGUGCCAGCGAGAGCUUCCCGUGUGGCUCGGAGCACCUGCCCUACCCACUGGGCAGCCGAGACGGACUCUCAGCCACAGCUGUGCUGCAGCGCGGAGGCCUGAACCUGACGGCUGUGACGGUGACAGCCGAGAAUGGCCACACCAUCGCCUUCCUGGGGACCUCAGAUGGCCGCAUCCUCAAGGUGUACCUCGCUCCAGAUGGCAGCUCCGCGGAGUACGGCUCUGUCCUCGUGGAAAUCAACAAGAGAAUCAAGCGCGACCUGGUGCUGGCCGCAGACAAGACCAGUCUGUACGCCAUGACCCAGGACAAGGUCUUCCGGCUCCCAGUGCAGGAGUGUGUAAGCUUCCUGACCUGCGAGCAGUGUCGCAGCUCACAGGACCCGUAUUGUGGCUGGUGCGUCGUUGAGGGCCGAUGCACCAGGAGGGCUGAGUGCCCGCGGGCUGAAGAGAGUGGCCACUGGCUGUGGAGCCGAGACAAGUCCUGCGUGGCCGUCACGGGGGCCCAGCCCCAGAACAUGAGUCGCCGGGCCCAGGGGGAGGUGCAGCUCACCGUCAGUCCCCUCCCGGCCCUGAGCGAGGAGGACGAGCUGCUGUGCCUCUUCGGAGAGUCGCCGCCACACCCCGCCCGCGUGGAGGGGGACGCCGUGACCUGCAACUCCCCGAGUAGCAUUCCGAGCACACCGCCCGGCCAGGACCACGUGGCCGUGAACGUCCAGCUCCUCUUUGGACGCGGCAACGUCUUCCUGACCUCACACCUGUACCCCUUCUACGACUGCCGGGAGGCCGUGAACCUGGCGGAGAGCCUGCCGUGCAUCUCCUGCGCGAGCAACCGCUGGACCUGCCAGUGGGACCUGCGCUACCAUGAGUGUCGCGAAGCCUCGCCCAACCCUGAGGAUGGCAUCAUCCGCGCCCACAUGGAGGACAGCUGCCCCCAGUUCUUGAACCCCAGCCCGCUUGUCAUCCCCAUGAACCACGAGACAGCCGUGGCUUUCCAGGGCAAGAACCUGGACACAGUGAAGGGCUCGUCCUUGCACGUGGGCAGCGACCUGCUCAAGUUUGAGGAGCCAGUCAGCACCCAGGAGCCAGGAAGCUUCCUCUUCCGGACCCCAAAGCUGUCCCACGACGGGAACGAGACGCUGCCCCUGCACCUGUACGUCAAGUCCUACGGCAAGAACAUCGACAGCCGGCUCCAAGUGACUCUCUACAACUGCUCCUUCGGCCGCAGCGACUGCAGCCUGUGCCUGGCCGCCGACCCCGCCUACAAGUGCGUGUGGUGCAGUGGGCAGAGCAGGUGUGUGUACGAGGCCCUGUGCAGCAACGCCACCUCCGAGUGCCCGCCGCCAGUCAUCACCAGGAUCCACCCUGAGACGGGCCCCCUGGGCGGAGGCAUUCACGUCACCAUCCUUGGCUCAAACUUGGGGGUCAAAGCAGACGACGUGACGAGGGUCACCGUGGCUGGCCGGAAUUGCACCUUUGAGCCCAAACGGUACUCUGUGUCCACCCGGAUCGUGUGUGCCAUCGAGGCCGCGGAGGCGCCCUUCUCGGGGGGCGUCGAGGUGGAUGUCAACGGGAAGCUCGGCCAUUCGCCUCCCCAUGUCCAGUUCACCUACCAGCAGCCCCAGCCCCUCAGCGUGGCACCAAAGCAGGGGCCACAGGCGGGUGGCACCUUGCUGACCAUCAGCGGCACCCACCUGGACACUGGCUCUGAGGAAGACGUGCGGGUGACCCUCAAUGACGUCCCUUGUAAAGUGGUGCAGUUUGGGGCACAGCUUCAGUGUGUCACCGGCCCCCAGUCAGUUCUGGGAGAGCUGCCCCUGAAGAUUUACUACGGGGGCUCCCAAGCGCCCAGCCCCGGUGUCACCUUCACCUACCGUGAGAACCCAGUGCUACGGGCGUUCGAGCCGCUGCGAAGCUUCGUCAGCGGCGGCCGGAGCAUCAACGUCACAGGGCAGGGGUUCAGCCUGAUCCAGCGAUUCGCCAUGGUGGUCAUAGCCGAGCCCCUGCAGUCGUGGCGGCGGCGGCGGGAGGCGGGACCCCUGCAGCCCAUGACGGUCGAGGGCACGGAGUAUGUGUUCUACAACGACUCCAAGGUCGUGUUCCUGUCGCCGGCCGUCCCCGAGGAGCCCGAGGCCUACAACCUCACGGCUCUCAUCCAGAUGGACGGGCACCGCGCCCUGCUCAGGACUGAGGCCGGUGCCUUCGAGUACGUCGCCGACCCCACGUUUGAGAACUUCACGGGAGGCGUCAAGAAGCAGGUCAACAAGCUCAUCCACGCCCGGGGCACCAAUCUGAACAAGGCGAUGACGCUCCAGGAGGCCGAGGCCUUCGUGGGUGCCGAGCGCUGCAUCAUGAAGACGCUGACGGAGACUGAUCUGUACUGCGAGCCCCCGGAGGUGCAGCCCCCUCCCAAGCGGCGGCAGAAGCGGGACACCACCCACAACCUUCCUGAGUUCAUUGUGAAGUUCGGCUCCCGGGAGUGGGUGCUGGGGCGCGUGGAGUAUGACACGCGUGCGAGUGACCUGCCGCUCAGCCUCAUCCUGCCGCUGGUCAUCGUGCCCAUGGUGGCGGUCAUCGCGGUGUCUGUCUACUGCUACUGGAGGAAGAGCCAACAGGCCGAGCGUGAGUACGAGAAGAUCAAGUCCCAGCUGGAGGGCCUGGAGGAGAGCGUGCGCGACCGCUGCAAGAAGGAGUUCACGGACCUGAUGAUCGAGAUGGAGGACCAGACCAACGACGUGCACGAAGCAGGCAUCCCGGUGCUGGACUACAAGACCUACACCGACCGCGUCUUCUUCCUGCCCUCCAAGGACGGGGACAAGGACGUGAUGAUCACCGGCAAGCUGGACAUCCCAGAGUCUCGCAGGCCGGUGGUGGAGCAGGCGCUUUACCAGUUCUCCAACCUGCUCAACAGCAAGUGCUUCCUCAUCAACGUGAGCGGGGCGGGGCCUCUGGAUCACAGGGCGGGGCUCCCUGCUGCGGGGAGGCUGGGGCGGCGGGGGGGGGGGGGGGGGGCGGAGCCCACCUUCCUCCCGUCGCGCCGCCAACCACCGGCCCUCCCACAGUUCAUCCACACCCUGGAGAACCAGCGGGAGUUCUCUGCUCGCGCCAAGGUCUAUUUUGCGUCGCUGCUGACGGUGGCGCUGCACGGGAAGCUGGAGUAUUACACAGACAUCAUGCGCACCCUCUUCCUGGAGCUCAUGGAGCAGUAUGUGGUGGCCAAGAACCCCAAGCUGAUGCUGCGCAGGUCUGAGACAGUGGUGGAGAGAAUGCUGUCCAACUGGAUGUCCAUCUGCCUGUACCAGUAUCUCAAGGACAGCGCUGGCGAGCCGCUAUACAAGCUUUUCAAGGCCAUCAAGCAUCAAGUGGAGAAGGGGCCAGUGGACGCCGUGCAGAAGAAAGCCAAAUACACCCUCAAUGACACGGGGCUGCUGGGGGAUGACGUGGAGUAUGCACCCCUGACAGUGAGCGUGAUCGUCCAGGAUGAAGGGGUCGACGCCAUCCCCGUCAAGGUCCUCAACUGUGACACCAUCUCCCAGGUCAAGGAGAAGAUCAUCGACCAGGUGUACCGCACACAGCCCUGCUCCCGCUGGCCCAAGGCUGACAGCGUGGUGCUCGAGUGGCGUCCCGGGUCCACGGCCCAGAUCCUGUCAGACCUGGACCUGACCUCGCAGCGCGAGGGCCGCUGGAAGCGCUUCAACACGCUGAUGCACUACAACGUGCGGGACGGAGCCACGCUGAUCCUGUCCAAGGUGUGGGUCUCCCAGCAGCCGGAGGACAGCCAGCAGGACCUGCCUGGGGAGCGCCACGCCCUCCUGGAGGAGGAGAACCGCGUGUGGCACCUGGUGCGGCCGGCGGACGAGGUGGACGAGGGCAAGUCCAAGCGCGGCAGCGUGAAGGAGAAGGAGCGGACCAAGGCCAUCACUGAGAUCUACCUGACCCGCCUGCUCUCGGUCAAGGGCACGCUGCAGCAGUUCGUGGACAACUUCUUCCAGAGCGUGCUGGCGCCCGGGCUCGCGGUGCCCCCCGCCGUCAAGUACUUCUUCGACUUUCUGGACGAGCAGGCGGAAAAGCAUGACAUCAAGGACGAGGACACCAUCCACAUCUGGAAGACCAACAGUUUGCCGCUGCGGUUCUGGGUGAACAUCCUCAAGAAUCCCCACUUCAUCUUCGACGUGCACGUCCACGAGGUGGUGGACGCCUCCCUCUCGGUCAUCGCGCAAACCUUCAUGGACGCCUGUACGCGCACGGAGCACAAGCUGAGCCGCGACUCUCCCAGCAACAAGCUUCUCUACGCCAAGGAGAUCUCCACCUACAAGAAGAUGGUGGAGGACUACUACAAGGGGAUCAGACAGAUGGUGCAGGUCAGCGACCAGGACAUGAACACCCACCUGGCAGAGAUCUCCCGGGCACACACGGACUCCCUGAACACGCUCGUGGCGCUGCACCAGCUCUACCAGUACACGCAGAAGUACUAUGACGAGAUCAUCAACGCCCUGGAGGAGGAUCCUGCCGCCCAGAAGAUGCAGCUGGCCUUCCGGCUCCAGCAGAUUGCCGCUGCACUCGAGAACAAGGUCACGGACCUCUGACCUCCAACUCCUCUGUUCCGGUCUCAGGGCGCAGGUGCGUGAUGCCCGGGGCCGGGCUCGGGCACCCUUGGGGAAUGUGGCUGAGUCGGCAGGGUUGACGAGCCCCCGGGCUUCCAAGCGCACGCGGCGUGGCGGGCAGCCCCCACCUCCAUGUUGGAAGCUACAUGGCCCCUUUCUCCUGAGCAAUAGUGCGGGGCGCCCAGCAGCACCAGCUCCCUCCUGCAGAACCAGCAUCGCCUGGGGUCUCCUUCACGUCUCCCAAGUGAUUUGAAAACGUGCCUUAUACUCCCGGCGCCACGCUGGGUCUCUGGGGGCGGUCGGGCCUCAGCCCCCUCCCCGAGCACCAGCAGCCACCUCGGAUACCUGGGUUUGGCCCUUUUGGGUGGGAUCUGAGUGCCUGCAGCCCCCGGGACCUAGCGCCCAGACUGCCUUGCCGGGCUGGGGGUAGAAAACCGGUACAAUGCCUUGCUGACCUCGACGGCUUGCCCUGCGGCGCGGGCACUCCGGUGGACUCGGCGCUGGAGACCCCACCUCAAGCUGGACGUCACACGUCAAGGCCCAGGCGGCCAGAAGGGACCCAGCAGACUGGGGGUCCUGGUCUCCGCCUGUCAGACAGGCCGACCUGGAGGCCCUGCCUGGGUCUGGGGAGCCAGGAGCAGCUCCGCCAGGACCGCCCCCGACCCUUUUUGUAAAUCUUGUUCAUUGUAAAUCAAAUACAAUUGUGUUUUUCAUGCUG